UGAUAAAAAAAAUCCCAAAAUAUUAAAAAAAAUUUCUUACUUUCUCCCCCUAAAACCCAGGCUCGAUUCGAUACUGCCCUAGCGCUCCCAGGUUGUAGCCUAGAGGGUGGCUUUUGUGGCUUUGUUGUAAUGGUAAAGUUACUCCAUUUAUGACCCAGAGGUCACAAUUCGAACUAAGAAACAGUCUCUUUGCAAAGCAAGGGUAUUCAUUUAGAGUGCUACUUUCUAUCUGAUGUGACUUGGAGAAGAUGGAAGAAAAACAAGAGCAUGUUGAAGAUGUUGAGAGUGCUUCUAGUGAUUCUUUUAUUGCUGAUUCAGAUGUUGACGAACCAUCUACAUCUGGAGAAGAUGAUGGAAUACAUCUUGAGGAACCUUUGACUGAGCAAGAAAUAGAAGAGCUAGUUGCUGAGUUCAUGGAAGUUGAGAGCAAGGCUGCAGAGGCUCAAGAAGCACUUGAGAAGGAGUCUCUUUUCAAAGUGGAGAGUGAUGUGAGAGAGGAGUUGGCACAAACUCUUCAUGCUGAUGAUCUGGAGGCGGCUGUUCAAAAUGAGAUGACUACUUUCAAGGAGGAAUGGGAAGCUGUGCUUGAUGAGCUAGAGACUGAAAGUGCUCACUUGUUGGAACAACUUGAUGGUGCCGGUAUUGAGUUAUCAAGCUUGUAUAAAUGGAUUGAAAGUCAGGUUCCAAAUGGUUGCCAGACUGAAGCUUGGAAAAGAAGGGCACACUGGGUAGGAUCUCACGUGACCAGUGAAAUCAUAGAGGUAGUAGCUGAUGCUGAGAAGUAUCUUCAGAGCCACAGGCCUGUGAGAAGACGGCAUGGGAAACUUUUGGAGGAGGGUGCUAGCGGAUUUCUGGAGAAAAAACUUUCUACAGAUGGAAGCAAGGGAGAUGUAGCAGAAAAUGGAGACGUAGAUUGGGACUCUCUCAAGAAACUAUUUUCAGGUGGCCUUUCUAAGGAUGUUGCUUCAUUUGGUAGUAAGCAUUGGGCUGCUGUUUACCUGGCUAGCACUCCUCAGGAAGCUGCAGAGAUGGGACUCAAAUUUCCUGGAGUCAACGAGGUCGAGGAGAUUGAAGACAUCGAUGGCAGUUCUAGUGAUCCAUUCAUUGCUGAUGCCAUAGCAAAUGAAAAGGAACUAAUUCUUUCUGAAGAACAGAGAAAAAAUUAUAGAAAGGUCAAAGAGGAAGAUGAUGCAAGAAUUGAUCAGAAACUUCAUCAUCAUUUGAAGCAAAGGAGACGUCGUAAGAGAUCUAAACAGGUGAUGGAAGGCAAAGCCAAUGGUCUGUUGUCUCCAUGUGAUAUUUCUGAUGAGAAAACUCAUGAACAUGGGGAAGAUAUGCCAAGUGAAAAUUUGAUGAAAGAUGUUUCUGAAAUUUCUAAGAUCUUGGAUGCGGAACAAGCAAUGAGCAAUGGCAAUUCAGUGUUUUCUGAGCCUGAUAUAAUUGAAUCCAGAAGGUCUAAGCGUGCAAAUGAAAGUGAGGAGCCAAAAAUUGAUGCUAAGAAGAUUCGACCAGUUAUCAUAGACAGUGACGAUGAAGCUGAUAUUGGGAUGCGUCAAUCAGUUUGCAAUGCCAGUAAAGUGGAGGAUCAAUCAAUUUUGCAAGAAAACAUUGGGGACUCUAGUGCUGAUAGCCAUCUUGUGCUUGGUGUGAAUGAGGAGUUUCAUUGUACUGCCUGUGAUAUAAUUGCUCUCGAAGUGCAUUCACAUCCACUUUUGAAAGUAAUUGUUUGCAAGGAUUGCAAAAGCUUAAUAGAGGACAAGAUGCAAUUGAAGGAUCCUGAUUGUUCUGAAUGCUAUUGUGCAUGGUGUGGAAAAAGCAAUGACUUAGUAAGUUGCAAGUCGUGCAAAACAUUAUUCUGUGCCACUUGUAUAAAGAGGAAUAUCGGUGAAGAUUUCUUGUCUAAGGUACAAGCUUCUGGGUGGCAAUGUUGUUGUUGUUUGCCAAGUCAACUACAAAGAUUGACAUCAGAAUUGGAGAAAGCCAUGGAAUCUGAAGAUCUGAUGGUUUCAAGCUCUGAUAGUGAAUCAGAAAACUCAGAUGCAGAUACCCUUGUUGCAAUCAGUAAGAGAAAGAGGAAGAAGAAGAUACGAAGGAUCCUUGAUGAUGCUGAAUUAGGAGAAGAGACCCAAAGGAAAAUUGCAAUCGAAAAGGAACGUCAAGAACGUUUGAAGUCUCUGAAAGUACAGUUUACUGACAAAUCCAAGAUGAUGAGCUCUGCAAGCUGCAAUGGAAGCUUACCUGAAGGUGCAAAUGUUGAAGUACUUGGUGAUGCCGCAACAGGUUAUAUAGUGAAUGUUGUGAGGGAAAAAGGUGAAGAGGCUGUGAGGAUUCCUCCAAGCAUAUCAGCCAAAUUGAAAGCCCAUCAGGUGGCAGGGAUACGAUUCAUGUGGGAGAAUAUUAUUCAGUCAAUUGGGAAAGUGAAAUCUGGAGAUAGAGGUCUUGGUUGCAUUUUGGCUCACACGAUGGGCCUGGGUAAAACUUUUCAGGUCAUAGCGUUCCUGUACACUGCUAUGAGAAAUGUUGAUUUGGGAUUAAGAACUGUACUUAUUGUUACCCCUGUGAAUGUACUUCAUAACUGGCGGCAGGAAUUCUUGAAGUGGAGGCCCUCAGAAGUAAAGCCCCUUCGUGUUUUCAUGCUUGAAGACGUUUCAAGGGACAGAAGAGCAGAAUUGUUUGCAAAAUGGAGGGCUAAGGGCGGAGUUUUUCUUAUUGGUUACACUGCUUUUCGAAACUUAUCUUUUGGAAAGAAUGUAAAGGAUCGAAACAUGGCUAGGGAAAUUUGUUAUGCUUUGCAGGAUGGACCUGAUAUACUUGUUUGUGAUGAAGCCCAUAUGAUUAAGAACACCAGGGCGGAUACAACCCAAGCAUUGAAGCAAGUGAAAUGCCAGAGGAGGAUUGCAUUAACUGGAUCACCUCUUCAAAACAAUCUAAUGGAGUAUUAUUGUAUGGUCGAUUUUGUAAGAGAAGGUUUUCUUGGAAGCAGCCAUGAGUUUAGGAACCGGUUCCAAAACCCUAUAGAGAACGGACAGCAUACUAAUACAACUACCAAUGAUGUGAAAAUUAUGAAUCAGAGAUCUCAUAUCCUUUAUGAACAAUUAAAAGGAUUUGUCCAAAGAAUGGACAUGACUGUGGUGAAGAAGGACUUGCCACCUAAAACUGUUUUUGUAAUAGCUGUAAAGCUGUCUCCAUUGCAAAGGAAAUUAUACAAGAGGUUCCUUGUUGUGCAUGGAUUCACAAAUGAUAAGAUUUCCAAUGAAAAGAUUAGGAAGAGUUUUUUCGCUGGAUACCAGGCACUGGCUCAGAUAUGGAACCAUCCUGGGAUUCUGCAAUUGAGAAAAGAUAGAGAUUACGUUAGUCAUGAGGAAACUGUUGAGAAUUUUAUUGCAGAUGAAAGUUCUAGUGAUGAAAAUAUAGAUUACAAUAAUAUUGUUGGAGAGAAGCCAAGAAGUGCAAAUGAUUUUAUGCACGGGAAAAGCAAUGGUGGAUUUUUUCAGAAGGAUUGGUGGAAUGAUCUUCUUCAUGAAAAUAAUUUUAAAGAGCUUGAUUACAGUGGCAAAAUGGUAUUGCUGAUGGACAUUUUAAGCAUGUGUUCUCAUGUGGGUGAUAAGGCAUUGGUUUUUAGCCAAAGCAUUCCCACUUUAGAUCUCAUUGAAUUUUAUCUUUCAAGAUUGCCUCGACAUGGAAAAAGAGGAAAGUUCUGGAGAAAAGGAAAAGAUUGGUACAGGCUAGAUGGAAGAACAGAGAGUUCUGAAAGGCAAAGACUAGUUGAGAAGUUUAAUGAUCCUGAGAAUAAAAGAGUCAAAUGCACUCUGAUUUCUACUCGAGCUGGAUCUCUAGGGAUUAAUCUUCAUGCUGCGAACCGUGUAGUUAUUGUUGAUGGUUCUUGGAAUCCAACAUAUGAUCUUCAGGCCAUUUAUAGAGCUUGGAGGUAUGGCCAGAAAAAACCAGUGUUUGCUUACAGAUUGAUGGCACAUGGAACUAUGGAAGAAAAAAUCUACAAGCGUCAGGUGACAAAGGAGGGGCUUGCUGCAAGGGUAGUCGAUAGACAACAAGUACACAGGACCAUUUCUAAAGAAGAAAUGUUGCAUCUUUUUGAAUUUGGUGAUGAUGAGAAUUCUGACCCUCUAACUGAGCUUGGCCAAGCAGAUGACCGUGACAUGAGCUGCCAAGUGGGAGAUUCACUGAAACAGAGGGUUCCUCUUUCUCAUGGCGGCUGCUCUUCAGACAAAUUAAUGGAGAGCUUACUCAGCAAGCACCAUCCAAGGUGGAUUGCGAAUUACCAUGAGCAUGAAACCCUUUUGCAAGAGAAUGAAGAGGAAAAGCUAACAAAGGAGGAGCAAGACAUGGCUUGGGAAGUAUAUAGGAGAUCAUUAGAGUGGGAGGAAGUGCAACGAGUUUCUCUUGAUGAAUCCACAUUCGAGCGAAAGCCACCCAUGCCAAGUGUUGUUCCUUCUGCACCAGAGACAAGCAGCUUGCCUACUUCAAGCAUGGCCCCUCCUGCACCUGAGGCUUCUAAUUCCAACGUUACACAUUACAAGGGCAAUUUUAGGAGUCGCAUGUUGCAGAGAAAAUGCACUAAUCUUUCUCACUUGCUGACACUCCGAAGUCAGGGCACAAAAGUUGGUUGCACUACUGUAUGUGGGGAAUGCGCCCAGGAGAUAAGCUGGGAGGAUCUGAACAGAGAUGGCAGGGCGGCACGAUGAGAAAUGCCAUCAUCUCUUGUGUUCAUACACGCUAAUUCUAAUGUAAUUUGUUGUGAUUGUAAAGGGCAGCCGCUGUAGUAUCCAUUUUAUUCAUUUUGGUAGGUAUUGACAGCUAAAAUCCUGUCUAAUCCUUUUCUUUUCUUAAAUUUAUCGUAGAGGGGCACAGCAAUAUAGGGAAUUUUGUAAAUUUACACCAAAGGAAAUUAGGCCUUUGUAAAUUUGAGGUCAUAUUUUCCUUAACGUGUAGUUGUCAAGAAAGCCAAAUCUUAUUCUUA